GAGACAUCUCAUAGUCCCUUCGCAGUAAACCAUCUGAGAGAAACUCUAGCUAGGAGCUAGGCAUGGCCUCCACCACGAGCUUCCUAGCCAUGAUCAUGGCGUGCACGCUCCUCGCCAGCACGACGUGCCAUGCCGCUCGCCACUUGGCCGACACCACCCCGGCGGCUGCCCCACCCGCUGCCGCUGCUGUCCCUGGCCUCCCGGCCGUGCCGACCAUGCCGACGCUGCCACCGAUGCCGGCUGUGCCGACGGUGUCGUCCUUGACCGUGCCACCUAUGCCGGCUGUGCCACCCGUGCCGCAGGUGACACUGCCGCCCAUGCCCGCUGUUCCUGCGGUGCCGAAGGUGACGAUGCCCCCAAUGCCCGCCAUCGUCGUGCCUAAGGUGACCAUGGCACCGAUGCCCGCCGUCGUUGUGCCUAAGGUGACGAUGCCGCCGAUGCCCGCCAUUCCUUCUAUGCCCAAGAUGACGCUGCCGCCGAUGCCUUCUAUCCCCACUGUCAACGUGCCUAUGCCGUUCUUGGCGCCGCCUCCAUCAACUUAGGAGUGCCACGUGCAUGGUGACGCGUGCACCAGGUCGACGGUCACACGCUCCCAUGUUCCAGUGGCUACAUCACUUUGUUGCUCAUGUGAAGUAUUUGCUUUCAUGUUGUUUGCUUUACAUUUUAAUUCAGUUGUUAGUUAUUGUUUGUUGAUAUUAAAGGGGUGUUCUUGUCCUAGUAUAUAUGCGGCAUUUUAAUUUAUUUACAUGUUAUUUAUACCUUUA